GCGCGGACCGCCGGCGGGCGGCUGAGAGGGGCUCACCUGCGGCAGGUGCUACGCGGAGCGGCCGGGCGCUGCGCGAGGAUGCUGCGCGAGCGGACGGUGCGGCUGCAGUACGGCAGCCGCGUCGAGGCGGUGUACGUGCUGGGCACGCACCUCUGGACCGACGUCUACAGUGCGGCCCCUGCGGGCGCCCAGACCUUCAGCCUGAAGCACUCGGAGCGCGUGCGGGUGGAGGUGGUGCGCGACGGGCACGCCGAGGAGGUGGCCACCAACGGCAAGCAGCGCUGGCCCCUGUCGCCCAGCACCACACUGAGGCUCACCAUGAGCCAGGCGAGCCCCGAAGCCAGCAGCGACAAGGUCACCGUCAGCUACUAUGAGGAGGAGGGGAUCACACCCGUCGACCAGGCUGGGCUCUUCCUCACGGCCAUCGAAAUCUCCCUGGAUGUGGACGCAGACCGGGACGGAGUGGUGGAGAAGAACAACCCAAGAAAGGCAUCCUGGACCUGGGGCCCUGAGGGCCAGGGGGCCAUCCUGCUGGUGAACUGUGACCGAGACACACCCUGGCUGCCCAAGGAGGACUGCAGUGAUGAGAAGGUCUACAGCAAGGAAGACCUGAAGGACAUGUCCCAGAUGAUCCUGCGGACCAAAGGCCCCGAGCACCUCCCCGCCGGCUACGAGAUCGUCCUCUACAUCUCCAUGUCGGACUCGGACAAAGUGGGCGUGUUCUAUGUGGAGAACCCCUUUUUCGGCCAGCGUUACGUCCACAUCCUGGGCCGGCGGAAGCUCUACCACACGGUCAAGUACACAGGCGGCUCCGCGGAGCUGCUGUUCUUCGUGGAAGGCCUGCGUUUCCCCGACGAGGGAUUCUCAGGCCUGGUCUCCAUCCACGUCAGCCUGCUGGAGUACAUGGCCGAGGCGAUCCCUCUGACGCCCAUCUUCACAGACACGGUGACGUUCCGCAUCGCUCCGUGGAUCAUGACCCCCAACAUCCUGCCUCCCGUGUCGGUGUUUGUGUGCUGCAUGAAGGACAACUACCUGUUCCUGAAAGAGGUGAAGAACUUGGUGGAGAAAACCAACUGCGAACUGAAGGUCUGCUUCCAGUACAUGAAUCGGGGAGACCGCUGGAUCCAGGAUGAAAUCGAGUUUGGCUACAUCGAGGCCCCGCACAAAGGCUUCCCCGUGGUGCUGGACUCCCCCAGAGAUGGAAGCCUGAAGGAUUUCCCAGUGAAGCAGCUCCUGGGCCCAGAUUUUGGCUAUGUGACCCGGGAGCCGCUCUUUGAGCCUGUCACCAGCCUUGAUUCCUUUGGGAACCUGGAAGUCAGUCCGCCAGUGACCGUGAAUGGCAAGACAUACCCCCUGGGCCGGAUCCUCAUCGGGAGCAGCUUUCCUCUGUCUGGUGGUCGGAGGAUGACCAAGGUGGUGCGGGACUUCCUGCAGGCCCAGCAGGUGCAGGCGCCCGUGGAGCUCUACUCAGACUGGCUGACCGUGGGCCACGUGGAUGAAUUCAUGACCUUCGUCCCCAUCCCAGGCACCAAGAAAUUCCGGAUGCUCAUGGCCAGCACCUCAGCCUGCUACAAGCUCUUCCGAGAGAAGCAGAAGGAGGGCCACGGGGAGGCCAUCAUGUUCAAAGGCCUGGGCGGGAUGAGCAGCAAGCGCAUCACCAUCAACAAGAUUCUGUCCAAUGAGAGCCUCGUGCAGGAGAACCAGUACUUCCAGCGCUGCCUGGACUGGAACCGGGACAUCCUCAAGAAGGAGCUGGGACUGACGGAGCAGGACAUCAUCGACCUGCCCGCCCUGUUCAAGAUGGACGAGAGCCGCCAGGCCAGGGCCUUCUUCCCAAACAUGGUGAACAUGAUUGUGCUGGACAAGGACCUGGGCAUCCCCAAGCCGUUCGGGCCCCAGGUGGAGGAGGUGUGCUGCCUGGAGACACAUGUGCGCUCCCUGCUGGAGCCCCUGGGCCUCUGCUGCACUUUCGUGGACGACAUCUCCGCCUACCACAAGUUUCUGGGCGAGGUGCACUGCGGCACCAACGUGCGCCGGAAGCCCUUCACCUUCAAGUGGUGGCACAUGGAGCCCUGAGCCGCCCGGGGCUGCCGUGAGCGGGUCGCAGCCCGUCGGCCACCCGAGCUGGGGCCGGACCAGCCUCUGUGGUCUUCAGUGUGAUUGCAGGAUGCCCUUCAGCAAUAGCCAUCAGGGAACUUGGGGGAAAACGUUCCUACUUUCAAUUUUACUUUUACUUACAGGACCUGGAAAGGGGCCACACAGCGAGGUCGUGGGAGGAGAGAACCCCCGAAACCGGCUUCUGCUCGUGCGGGGUUGAGGGUGGGGGUCUGGUUUUCCGAGGGCUUUCUCUGUCUUGGUGAGUUUUAAACGGAAGAGUGGAAAUCUAAAGCGAGGGAAGAGGGGGGGAAGGUGGCCCCAGUUGUCAGUUACCAGAACCUACUAAGAUCUCUAGAAGAAAGGGCCUCCGUGAGGGGAGGCGGCCUGGCUCCUCACCUAGUCGCGUGGCUGCGACGUGUUUACUCAAGGUCACCGUGUUUGGAGUGAGUACUCAGCAACCAAAGCUGAGUCAGGCGCUUGGAUAACAAAAAGGAGGAAACCCAGUUGUCGGGCUGACACACAGGGGCCCGGGUGCCCCCUCCCUCCCUGACUUCUCCAGACUUCCCCAGAGCACCCCCUGCCUGAACUGGACUGCAGGCCACCACUGAGGGGCCUUCAAGCAGUGGGGAGGGGUUUGGGGUAUCCGUGCCUUGCCCUCUCUCAGAAGGGCCUCAGCAUCCACCAUGUCACCUCCGCCUGUGAGCCUCCAUUCUGACCUUCCUGAAAAUAGCUGAACAUUUGGCCAGAGUCUGUAUAGCCCUGAUGUGAAAAACAAACAAAAAAAUCCCAGAACCCAAAACCUUCCCCCAGAAUCUUUAGUCUGUUAUCCAAAACUGGAUGAGAGGAGAAGGGAAGGACGUUCUGGGAUGACCAGUUUGCCCAGUAGCCAGACCCCGAGGGUCAAGGCAGCCAGCUUGGAAAAGGAUUCUGGAAUCCAGAUGUACCUUGAACUGCCACAUCCUUUGAAAUUCACUGCCCUUGGGGUGUCCAGGGGGCCACCCCCAUUUAUUCAUUCCUUUCCAGCCUGCCUCAGAUGCCCCCGGCUUGCCCUCUGCAGUGUAGGUACCACUGGCAGCCCCCAAUUCCCUGAGGGUCCAAUCAUCAAGCUCAGAACCUUUGCUGGAAGCAGAUUUUAUCAGCACAGCCUUCUCAGUUUCCAAGACGCUCCUUCUGCCUCAUCUUUCUCAUGGACCCAGGCUCUCCCAGAUGUUUGGGAGUUCCUCCCCACACCAGCAUCCCUGUGGCCCAAGAGUUCCUUGUACAAAGAUGCCCCAGGGCGAGCUGUGUAAUCCAUCUUUUCUGCCAGGUUCUCAAUUCUCUGGCCUCCCCAACCCCUCUCCUCUCGCGGCCUCUACUUCCUGCUCCCAUGCUGUCUCUCCAGGCAGCUAGACAAGGACUUCAUCCCCGCCAGCCAGGCUCAGACCUCCCCACCGCAGGACACAAUUAGAGACCCACCUCUCCUCUCCAGAUGUUAGGCGCAAGACAUAAAGACCCUGCCCUAAGCUCCAGCCCGAACAGCCAGUUCUGGGCCAGCUACUGGCCUUAGAGAUGGACCGAUUACCCCCACUGAAGUUUCUUAGUACAUUUGCUGAAAAUCCUUUCAUUUGGACAUAAUCAGAUUCAUUCCCUGGCUCCCACUGAAAAGACUUAGUUCCAGCUUUAAAAUUUCCUUUUAAGGACAGCUGACUUUGGAGAAUAAGUGAAUUAUAAUUCCACUUUGAGGGUUAAAAAGGAGCUGAUUUAUAACCAACGAAAAGUUUGUAAAUUUGGAUUCCUGAAGAAUUGAGAUUUUCUUCUUGGAUUAUUCACUCAUUCAACAAACCUGUAUUGUGUGGCUGAGUACCAGGCACAGGGGUGGGCUCUGAAGGUACAGGGCCCAGUAGCAAACGGGGUCUGGCCCUGGCCUCCAGGAGGCAGCCACCCGCAUUUAAAUGGCCAGCAUUUGCCCUUUCCGCGAUGCACUCUUUAGAAAUACCACUUCACUAUAUUCAGGAAAUGAACAGGAUGCAGCGCUUCCAUAAGUCACUAUCUCAGUGAAAUGAGAGGGGCGGGUCUUCUUUAAACAAGCCUUCUGCCCGUCCAGCUGGGCCAGUACUCCCGCAGCAGAUGGGACCCCAGCGCCUUCAGAAGCUGUUGUUCCUGCUUUGGGAACAGUGGCUUCUGCCUUUGGGGGCCCAAGCCCCAGGUUUCUCCAACCCCAGAGCUGAAGACAUCAAGUGCCUAUUUGUGAAUGUUUAUCUGGAGACUUAGAGUUUGCUGUGUGUUUUUGUGUUUGGUUAAUGUGUGUUUUGGGGCUUUCUUUUUUUUUUAGUCUGCCUUACGGGGAAGUGGGCACUUCCCAUGUGGAGACGGUGUGUAUUUCUAGAUUUUUCUAAGGCUCUCCCCAUCAUUAAGUCAGCAGUUUCUGAUAAUUCUGAAGCCCCUAGGCCUCAGACACCCUUCCCCAUCUUGCUUGCCCACCUGUGUGACUACCCUUGCUGUGGAUUUUCCCCCCAGCAUCCCUGGACUCAUCAUUCUUCCCCACCCACCACUUUAUCUAUAAACAUAGGCCUAGAAUACACUUCUGUGUUUCAAAACUCAGCCAAGGUCCUGUUUCGAUCUUUACUUUGAAAUACUUUAAAUAAGAGAGCAGAGGGUAUCGUGAAGAUGAUGAGAAGUGGGACAUGGUUUCAACUUUCUGGAUGAGAGCCAAUGCAGGAGAUCACGACAUGUUUGGGAAAGUGCCUGAUUAAACAACAACAAAAUAAAUGGUCGGAGGGAAGUCA